GAACUGUCGGUGCUCUUAACCUCUGUGCCAUCUUCUCCAGCCCGGGCCUUAUCACCUUUAGGCUGCCAACCAUACAUGUUCCUAGCUCUGAUCUGUACUCUGUUCAUACGCAUUUGUCCUGCUUCUGUACUUGACAUCUCUGCUUGACUCAGGCAUUCCAACUAAUGUGUCCACACUGACUCUGAAUUUACACCCAAGCCUUUCACAGCCUCUGCAUUCCCAUGGUCACCUAUCUCCCAUUGUUACUUAGUUCAAAAAAGCUAAGCUAUCCUUUAUUCCAUUUGCUCUCCCCAUGCCAGUCAGCUCUGCUUUCAAAAUACAACCCCACAUCCGACCCCCUUUCAUCAUUUCGCCCUUUUCUCUUGGUUUGAGCCACCUACCUCUCGAGCCUAACUAACGCAGUACUUUCCUGGUGGGCCUCCUUGCUUCCUUCCCCACCCUUGAGUGUCUCCACAGAGACUGCCAGCAUCAUCAUCAUUUAACACUAGCCGUCAUCCCAACAUCUGUUUCAAAACAUCCCAAGGCUCUGUGUGACCCUCCACAGAGGCAGUAGAGGGCAGUAGCAUUGACUGCACUUGUGCUUUUAGUUUUCAGACACCCAGGUCUGACUUUAGUGUCAGAUUCUUUUCAGGUCUCAGCUCUACAAGUUCUUAUUAUAAUGUUAGGUGCUAGGGAUUAAGUCUAGGGCCUUUGAACACACUGAGCAAGUGCUUAUAAUAAGGCCGAAUCCCCAACCCAAGUCCACUGAUGACUAAAGGUGGAGUUGAUGGUAAAUGAACUAUUUGAGCCACCAUUUCCUUGAGGAGAAUGGGAUAGUGUCAGAGCCAGUCCAAGACCCAGGGAAACACUGUUCACACCCUCAGCCCAGUGUCUGCCAGAUGGCCUCUGGGCUCAGUGAGACCCUGUCUCCCUUGCUGAUUGUGGUGUCACAUGGCCUCUGCCCCACCCUUUCAUUACCUAUUGUCUAGGUCUGGAUGCUCUUGCUACUGCAGUUUAGCCUUAGUGUGGUGUGGAUGUGGGACAGGUACAAAGAACCAGUCCUAUAAAAGGCCAUACCUGCUUGGAGCUGACAGUCAAGGGGCUCUUCAUGAUGUGGACCCCAGCCUGCUUUUUACAGUCUUCAACUCACUCCCAGCCCACCUCCGACCCCAGGCACUCAGCAGCGGGGUCUCUGCACCGCGCAGAAACCCUCUGUGAAUAAUGCCUCUAUCCAGGUUCAAGGGGAAGAAGAAAGCAGGCCUCAUGCUUGACACAGGGGAACCCUGUCUGCAUUCAAGUUGCGUCCCCUGUAAGAAAAAAGGAAGACAAGGUCAGCGCAUCUUGAGCCAUGAGCAGACCAUUUCUCAGAUGACUGAACUUUCCUGGAAGGAUGUUAUUAAUGCCUUGUCUCUGGCCAACAUGGUCCUGGGGCUCUUCUCCAUCUUCUGCAGCUUCAGCAGGAAACCCCACUGUGCUUCCUGGAUGCUGCUGAUCAGCUUCCUGUUAGACAUGGCAAUAGGGACGAUGACCAGACACCUCAACAUCUGCCACAAAUUGGCAGGACUUGAGCUGAAUGAUUUUGCUGUCUUCACCACCUUUGGCCUGGCUUCGGCUCUGCUGCUCGGCGUGGAAGGGCCUCUGAAUGGGUUCCUGGCCGUCAUCUAUGUCUUAACAACGUCUUUCCGCCUGUGUUUCUAUUCAACUGGAGGUCCCUCUGCAUACAAAGGUCUACCCUGCCCCUACGCUUCCUGUGUUUUGGCCUCCACCUGCCUUCUGACUAAGGGCAACACAUUUAUCCUCUGCUGCAUGGCUUCACUCAUGAUUCUGUUCAUGAUCGACCAGAGUUGCUACCCACACGAUGAGAUCCUGGAGUCGGAGAACUGGAAAAAAGUGGUUUAUAUGGGAGGUGUUAUCAUGCUGUUCCUCUCCCCGUUCUCACUCACCGCCUUUUACUGCCUCAUCUGGUCGCUCUCCUACAUCUUCUUCCCAGAUGCACUGUGGGGCAGGGGAAUUUGUAUUAAGCUCUAGCAAGGAGGAAUCCACAGCUUCACCACCCCUGCUGGCUCUGUGGGCUCUGCACUUAGCAUGCUGGAUCAAGACCUGCCUCAUCCUCACUAAAGCUUUCCUGGCACCUGUGUUCUCACAUGCUAUCUCUUGUCUUGAAUCACAGCGACCCACAGUGGGCCCAGAA